GCUAGACAGAGACGCCACCAGGCAGCGUGCGAGAGAUCCGAAGAGUAUAGGUGUAUAGGCGAGCGUGCAGAUGUAGCUUUUGAGGAUCGUUAAAAAUUCGGAAAAGAAAGCAAGUCGUCGCUGCAUUUCGACUCGCUUCUUGCCUUGCCUCGCUAAUGAACUGGCGCGCGUACGUGCGUAGCAGCGAUAUUUCAUUCGAGCGCAACGAGGUCAUUGCGAGCAGUCGAUAGCUAAAAGCUUCGCCGAGAGUAAGAGCAAGACAAGCAGGAUGGACGAAGAGAGCAGGACGCAGGAGAAGCCGCCUGUCGACGAUGGCUUCUUCUGGCAAGACUAUCUUGAUGCAUCAAACACAAUGGAAGUACCACAGAUAAUGUUUCAACACGUAGAAGAAACUUUGCAGAGUGGCAUUGAGAUUGGAAUGUCUUUGGAAGUUCCAGUUAAAAAAGGCAAGGAUGAAGAAGAACCUAUAUAUUGGGUCGCUACCAUUGCUAUGGCUUGCGGUCCCCUGUUAAGAUUACGUUAUUUUGGUGGGGAUGAUAGAGCAUUGGAAUUUUGGUUCAAUUUGACAAAAGAAGCUGCUCAUGAAUUGGGCUGGUCUGUUAAAAAUGACAAAAGACUGGAACCACCAGAUGUUGUGCUUGUGAGAUCCCCAGACUGUUCAGAAAAGUUACAAGAGUUUCUAACUACAUCAAAAUCCAUUCCUAUUGAAAUGUUGACUGGGGAUGGUCUUAGCAUAAUAGAUAGAAUUAAAACAGGGAUGAAAGUGGAAGUUAGUGAUGUUCGACACCCUUACAAAUUAUGGGUAGCUACAAUUAAAGAAAAUGUAGGAGGCAGACUUUUACUACGAUAUGACACUCCAGGUUCAUCGUCUAAAGAAUUUUGGAUGUUUUGUACUUCUGAACAUUUACACCAGUAUGGCUUUGCAUCAAAGGCUGGAGAAUCUGACUCCAAUUGGUUUUUAGAACCACCUAGUUCAAUUGUAGAUAUACAUACUUACGAAGAAUGGAAGGAAUUAACAGAGAAUGGUCCAAAGGAUCUUCAAGUACCUGAGAAUUUAUUCAAUAAUAGCAUUGAUCAUGGACCACAUGAUUUCAAACUAGGAAUGAAAUUAGAAGCAAUUUCUCCUUUCGACAGGACAAAGUUCUGUCCAGCAACUGUAGUUAAAGUAUUUGAUAGUUCUUACUUUUUAAUUCAAAUUGAUGUAUAUAACAAAGAUUCCGUAGAAAAUCUUGAAGAAUAUACAUAUACUGGUAGCGAGAAAAACACAUGGCUCUGCACUGCAGAACAUCCCUAUAUUUUUCCUAUUGGUUGGGCUAAGAAAAACAAUAUUAGCUUGACACCUCCUCAGAACUGGACAUCUGAUUCAAAAGAAUUUCAUUGGGAAGAGUACUUAAAGGCUACUAAUGCAGUAGCUGCAGAGGAAAAUUUGUUCAAUCCUAGAGAAAGUGCUAGUGAUGCAGGAUUUGAAUGUGGAACAAGACUGGAAGCCGUAGAUCCUCAAAAUGAAAAUAACAUUUGUGCAGCUAGUAUAACAAAAAUUAUUGAAGAUCUACUAUGGAUAAAAUUAGAUAACUACAGUAAUAGGACUGAACACAUAGUACAUAUGCAUUCCUUACAAAUUUUCCCAGUGGGAUGGUGUGAAUCCAAUCAUUACCCACUGCAACCACCUACAGAUUACGUCGAAAUGUGCAAAAAAAUACAAGUCAAUGAAGUGAUGGCAAAGAAGAGUAAUGUGAUAGAUAUUCCACUAUCAGGGCCUCGUUCAUCUAUGUGGUGUCCAAAGAUUUACUUUAACUAUCGGUGCUUCACGGGGCCAAUGAUUUCAAAAGGCAAACUAGCAACACUUCCCAAAGCUGUUGGUCCUGGACCUGUAAUUUUAGUUAUGAAGGAAGUCUUAUCAAUGAUUGUGUCAGUUGGAUACAGAAGUGCAAGAAUCCUAAAAGUGUUACAGUGCGAUACCAAACCAGAACCUGGCUAUAAUUUAGAAGUAUUAAAAGCAAAGCACAAAAACAAUACUUACAGAGCAAAUGUAGCAAUUAUCACGUCAGGUGAUAUGGUAACUGAAUUUUGCAAGAGCAUCUGCAAGAAACUGAUGGUUUGCCCCAAUUUAUUUGGUCCUCUUCAGGUGCCGGAAAGUGAAUGUCCAGAUAAAUGUCAUAAAACAUCAAAAAAUAAAUUUAUUACAACGACAGUUGGAACUGGCAAAAGAGGUAAACCCAAGGGCUACACAAGCAUAAUGGUCCAGAAACCUAGGCCUUGGGGAAAGCGUAAAAGAAGGAGAGGUAGAUGGGCCAACAGAGACAAAGAACAAACAGAAGGGUUAGAGCAGGAAGAAGAAAUGUCUUAUUUAUCUAUGGAUCUUGCAAAACACGUGUCUAACGCUUUGAAUGAUAUAUGCAUUGAAGAUCAACAACAACUUUCCGAAAUCGACGUAAUGAUUCAAAAAGGAUUGGAGAAAACUGAUAAAUACGAUGAUAUUAAGCAGGAAUUUCCAUCAAGCAAUGCAUCGGAAGACUCUAGAAGUAGUUUUAAUGACAAAAAAAGCAAAGAUAGCAAUAUGGAUAGCCCAGGAAGCUCGUCGGGCAGCAAAUUGAAGUGCAGUCAAAACAGCACCUCAACGAGAUCUAAUAAGCGAGAACGAGACUGGGAAACGAGCAUUGAGUCUGACGGGUCGGACGCUGAAGCCGAAUACGUUGAGUUGCAAAAGAAACAACGACGGCCUAAAACACGAAAACUAGUAUCAAAUCCAUUGUUUUGGACGGUCGACGAUGUUUUCGAGUAUCUGCGAAAGACGCCUGAUUGUAAAGAGCUGGCCUACCGAGUUCGUCAAGAGGAAAUCGAUGGCUUGGCAUUUUUACUGUUGAAUCUUCCAUCUCUCACGGACCACAUGAAAUUACGAAUGAGUUCCGCGAUGAAAUUGUGUCGUCAUGUAGAACAAGUCAAAGUAACGUUCUUCCUGAAGCAUAUAAACGAGACCGAACCAGAGCAAUAUCAAGUAAUGUAAACCGUGUAUCAUAUCCCGACGAAAGAGAAAUCGAGAACAAAUUAUGCGUUGUAUGAUAUUAAAUAAUAGUGUUUACGAUAGUUUUUGUUUAGUUUGUAAGCAACGAAAAAUCGUCUGUACAAAUUCUCAUACAUAUUUACAUUGCGUAUAAUGUAAUUAUCAUGUUAUAUAAGAAAUCAAAUUGAUUAUUACCACGAUAUAUUUACUCUUUUAGUUCAAUUUCAUCGUCACUGAAUCAUAUAAUUAUGCACUUGACGCACGAUGUAGUAGUUAUGAGUUUAGCAAAGUAUUACUCUUUAUUUUUAUCUUCUUUUUUUUAAAAUAAGUAUUGUACAAAGUUAUUUAUACGAGAAUAUUAUUUAAAAAAAAAAACACUGUUAAA